CUUUAUAACUGCCAAGUCUCCCGGAAAUUGAGCUGGGGAGAGGAAGUGGAAGGCUGACUGCCACUUGGCCUUUACAGCGCUAGCGGAGGGAGAUGAGCGAUAAUAGCGGGUUAGACGAGGGAAGGGCAGGCGGGUUUUCUUCCCGCCUUCUGUUUCCAUGGGUGUAAUUCCUUAUUGGCUGAGGAGGAGUUGAGCUUCGGUAAUGAGGCCUGGUUCGCCUGCCUGCCUGCCUUCCCUCUGAAGAAAUGGGGGAGCCUCUUGCGUGAGCUGAGUGGGAGCCCAGCUGAGGGGAAGAAGAGAAGCCGGACUCCGGAGCGGGACUUUGAGAAGCGGCCUCCUCGGGGGUUUUCCGUGAGUCUCGGCAACAAAAGCAGUCGAGCCGCUCGGCUUCCUCUCUUUCUGCACCAAAACGGGGUGCUCGCCCCGCUUGCUUGCCUGCCUGCCUGCCUGCCGCUGAGGAGCUCGGCCAAGGUGGUUGGCCGAUGUGGCUUCAUUCGGAGCCUCGAGGGCGAAUUCCCCUGCUGAGCCGCUGAGCCUGGAGGAGAAGCCGGCCAUGGAUGAUUUUUUAUCCAUUAGUUUGCUCUCCCUCGCUAUGCUGAUCGGCUGCUAUGUGGCGGGGAUCAUCCCUUUGGCCGUCAACUUUUCCGAGGAAAGAUUAAAACUUGUUACAGUUCUUGGUGCCGGGCUCCUUUGUGGAACUGCCUUGGCUGUCAUUGUGCCUGAAGGAGUACAUGCACUUUAUGAAGAUCUUUUGGAGGCAAAACACCACCCAGUCAGUGAGAGUCAAAAGGUCAUUGAAUCUGAGAAAGCAGAUGUUCCAGAAGUGCAUGAUCAUAACCACAACCAUGAUCAUUCAAGAUUACAUGCUUACAUUGGUGUUUCUCUUGUUCUUGGCUUUGUCUUUAUGCUGCUGGUAGAUCAAAUUGGCAAUUCUCACGUCCACACUGCAGAUGACCCAGAAGCAGCAAGGUCGGGCAAUUCCAAAAUUACUACUACACUGGGACUAGUGGUCCAUGCAGCAGCUGAUGGUGUUGCGUUGGGUGCAGCUGCUUCUACGUCUCAGACUAGUGUCCAGCUAAUAGUAUUUGUUGCAAUUAUGCUGCAUAAGGCACCUGCUGCUUUUGGGCUUGUCUCAUUUCUUAUGCAUGCUGGCCUUGAACGGAAUCGAAUCAGGAAGCAUUUGCUGGUUUUUGCACUAGCAGCACCUGUUUUGUCAAUGGUGACUUAUUUGGGAUUAAGCAAGAGCAGUAAACAGGCACUAUCAGAAGUCAAUGCCACUGGAGUUGCCAUGUUGUUCUCUGCUGGGACUUUCCUGUACGUUGCCACAGUUCAUGUUCUUCCCGAAGUGGGUGGAAUGGGACAUAGCCAUAAACCUGAAUCUGCUGGAGGCAAGGGACUCAGUCGCCUGGAGGUGGCUGCAUUGGUUCUGGGUUGUUUGAUUCCUCUGAUUUUAUCUAUUGGACACCAACAUUAAAACUUUGAAGACCAGCAUUUCCCCCCUCAAUCUGAUGUCAGCAGCAGUCAGUUGCUUUUUUUAUCGCUGUCUCUCUUACCCUAUUAACUACCCCAUGUAUGUUAAGAAGUUGGAGAGGAUCAUCAUUUCAACAAGAAAACUGGGAAAACUCAAUAUAAGAGAGAGCGAGAGUACUCUUUGACAGCUAGUUAUAAAUCCUGCAUAAUUUCUUUUUUCUAAAGAUAUUUUAAUUAUGACUUCCUACCUAUUCUCAGGGAAGCUGGAACUUGGAUAUUAUCUGGGAAGAUCCUUGCAAUUCAUCAUGAAAUCAUAAUCCCAAGUAUUCUGUAUGUCAGCAUUCAAAACUGAUCUCUUGACAUUAUAAUGCUACCUUCUAAUACGAGGGAAGAUUGUUCACAUCUUCCAAAUGUUCAUGUAUUAAUAAUAGCAUGGGCUGACUUAGAAGGAGGCAUCUGGUGAAGAAAUAUUUGUGAGGAUGAAGUUGUAGGCAAAAUUUGUAUUAGAUAAAGAAGUUCAAUAGGAUUCUUGCAUUGAAUUAUUAUGAAAGCACAUUUGUUCCUUGAUUUUAACAGGCUAGACAGUACGGAAGAGAGCCACUUUCAGCAGAAGGUUAGAUUGUUCUGAGCUCUAAGGAAUAUUAUUGUUUAUUCAAAUGAAUGGUAGUUUAUUUACAAAAUGUUGCUUUUCAAGUAGAAUAAGGUAAGCCCUGUUCAUCAGACAUCAACCUCAAAAGCUAAAACUGUAAUACCUUCUGAUAUUACUAUCAAAAAUCAUUCCAGGUUGUGAGCUUGUAUUGAAUUAAAUGUCUGAAGUCUGUUAAAUCUGAGUAUCAAUACACCUCCGGAACAUAAUUCUACACAUUGUAGUGGUUCAAAAAGAUAACUGUAAUUAUUAAAAAAAGACCCUGUCAAAGCCAUUGACUAAAAAAAAAAUUAAAUGGUUAAAAUAUAUGUUGGUUACUGGUGCACAGUUUUAUAUAUGCUUUAAAUUUUCAAUCACAUUGUCAAAAGUCAUUAAUAGUUAAAAUUUUAUUUAUAAACAAGAUGAAAUGGUGUUUUAGUGAAAUGGUUUUUACUGGACUAGUUAUUCCAUGAGAUAAAUCUAUUCCUAUCUUCAGUAACUUUUUACAGUCCAGUAGUUAAAGAAACUUCUUUUCCAUGCCUGCCUUGCUUACAUCUUACGUUUCCUUGACAGUGGAUGUUAAGGUUGUUCAGAAUAGUUAUGCUUUAACUGGUAGUUCCUACUUAUUGAGUGACUAUUGGUUGUGCAUCAAUAGGCGAUAUCAGUUUUUUGUGACUGUUUCUAAAGGGGUUUUUUUAAGCUAAUACUCAACAGACCUAUUGACUGCUAUUCUUUCCAAGAUGUGUUUAUCAGCUACAUACAUUUAUAUCAUCAAGAACUGGGAUAAAUUGUCUGUGCAAGUAUGGAUCAAGCAUCAUAAAAUGGUGCUAUCAAUUGCCUAGUGCAUCACAAAUGGAUCUGCCAGUUGUGCUUGAUCUGUAAGAAAGCAUUUCAAAGAUUACAGUUUUAGAAUUUUUAUUCUCUUCUGUGCUAGAAGAGAAAAUAGAAACACAUUUGUCAAAACAUGGGACAAAAAAAACCAGAUGUACUAUUUGAUAAUGUGGCUGUCACAUUUGCACACUUAAUGAUUGAAAAUAAAAUGCCAAAUUACCAUUGCUGGGGAAAAUGACAAGAAUGUCAAUUCUUCCAACUAGCAAGUUGGGAAAUAAUGGCAAAAUGACAAGUCACCAAAGUUGAUUGAAAUGUCAUUAAUAUAGAAAUAUUUAAAAAAAGAAUAGGGAUUCUGGGAUAUAAUUUUGAAUUGAAAUCAUAUAUUUUUUUAAAAAUCAUCUGAUUGUUGUAUGUAACAGAGAACUUCAGGAAUUCCAUUUCAAACCAGACUCAGCUUUAAGUGCUUACUGUUACUUGCAAAACUUAAUUGGAAGUUACCUAAACUAAUCAAAUUUGUGAAAGCAAGUCUGUUAAUUCUGUCUUUCCUAUUUCACUACCCUGGGCUCAGUAUCUAGCACUAAAUUAUUAUUUGCAAGGCAAUGAAUAUGCUUAAUGUGUGAUGUUUAUUGCACAAUAAACAUCAUAAGGCAGUACAGGGAAUGUUUGUGGGGCUGAUUUGUUCCUGUGUGGGAGCAAAUGUGCCUUGAAUACUUUGCCAAUAUUUAAUUGCUAACUACUAUUGUAGCAGUGGUGAGCUUUGAGAAGGGACUUUCUAAAUAAUAAAACAAAUUCUGUAACACAAUUCCAGAAAUUUGAUCUCUUGUAAUAUUGAGAAGCUCCGUUUUCAGAAAUCAUAUGGAUUGGAGCAUGUGGAUUUUAACUUUGCCCAGAUUUUAAAGAUCAAUGCAAAAUCAUUGCUUUUUGUGUCUAAUUCUUUUUGAUUCUUAUUACUAGUCAUAUCCAAAUUGUAUUCUGAACUUCCCAGUAAACCUGAAAGCCAUGGAUUGCUAAAAUAGAGAUGCAUAAUUAAUACAUUCUUACAAAUUCCAACAUUUCCAAAAGUCACAUUAGUUAUAGACUGAGUUGAAAGUGGAAAUGUUUACUAUGAAUUGUGUCUGUAUGCAACCUUACAUUCAGUCACCUAAUUGCCAUUAUUCAUAAAACAAUCUUUUGCCUAUGCUGGAGAAACUUAAGUUUGCAAUAUUUGACAGAUAUACCAAGGAAAUGCAGUAUCUUCAAUUGAAAGGAAGUGUCUUGGAAUUUCUGAAACAGUGGAAAAGAGAAGCUCAAAAAUGAUUUUCCAGUAUCCUAAGUGAAAAUAAUUUUUAAUAUCCAGCUGUACCGGAAUGGGAAAACUUGAACAAUAAAUCAUACUGCUGUGCUGUUUUAUGAUGAACCAUAGGUAACUUGGAACAUGGGAAGCCCUUGCAGCAGCAUUUGAAGGAGAUUAUCCAUUUCAAAAAGAUACGAACUUUUACAUGUUUCUGUUAUGUCCCUAACCAGCUAUGAUUUUAUGGGCAGUGUUCCCUGGUCAUAGCUGUAUACCUGAUUCCGUGUACUAAAGUGUAAUUUUAAUGUCUUUUCUAAAUCAUUUGUACACAUGAGAUCAUUCCACGGAUGGCUGCCUUAUUUUUAAUUUUUUCACUUUAAUUGUGAACUGUUUAAAUAUGUUUUUAUUAUAUUAAAAAUUAUUUGCUGCAUUGUUAAAAUAAGUUGUCUCAUUUUUAAUGGUGACCAAAAGGCAAUAUGUAGAUUCUUCAAGGGAAAAUGGUUUAUAGUUUGCUUUAUCUCAUUUUUAUCUCCCUUAUUCACUUCUAGAAACAGUAGAAUUAGAUAAAGCAAUUUUAGAAGAACCCCAGUGAAAAGCAUAAUAAAUCAGCAUACUUUGUCAUCCCUCCCCCAAUGCAUCCAAAUGUAACAUGCCAAAGUAUCAAAUGUACUUCCUAAAUAAUCUUUUCUUAUUUUCAAAACUCAUUGGAGAUUUGCAUAUCCUUGAAGACCAUUGGAAACUUCAACUGGACCAUAAUGCACCAGCCCAGCUAAUUAAGAAUAUUUAUUAUGCUGGCAUGAUAACUUCUGUAAACUGCAGGCUAGGUGCAAUUCAAAGUGCUGAUGAUAUCCUAACUGACAUACUCCUGUGGGUAUAUUUGCCCAUCCCCAUACAUUCCCAAGGAGAAAGCAAACUCUUGGUCCAUUCAUUGAAAUUGUCGUGUUGUGAGGCCCAGGAGGUGUGCUUUCUCUGAUGUACCCUGCCAUUUGGAAUCUUUUCUUAGGUAUAAAAUUGGCCCCAACUAUACAUGCCUUUAGGAAGGAAAGCAAUGAAGACCUGGCUUUUUCUCCCAGCUCUGGGAUCAGGUUUAAUUGAGUCCACAAUGGUAAGAAGGGUUUUCAGUUCUCUUUGUCCUGCCGUUGUUCAGUAUGUUUAAUUUGCUGUUUUGUAUUAAUGAUGGGCUUUUUUUUGUCCACCACCCAGAGUCACCUGGUUUGAUUUCGGCAGCCAUGUAAAUGCAUAAAUGAUCACAAAUGUACCACAUGCUGUUAGCUCCAGACAUUUCUAAGGAAAAUUUAUUUAAUUUUAAAAAAAUCCAAACUUAAGUUUGUUUAAAUGGAGCUGGAAAAUAUUGGAAACUUACUCAGGUACCUAUCCAGAUGGAUAGAAAAAAGGCUAAUCAGAAAUUAUUUUUAGUAUGUUUUCUUUAACAUAAGCCACUUGUGCUUCUCAAACUUUCGACAGAUAGAAUCUUGUGUAUAGAACUUGCUAUCCAGUCUUUUAUAUGAAAACGCUAUUCUGCCAGGUUUGGGGCAUCUGUAAAAAAAAUAAAAAUCUGAUAGAUAUAGAGGUGGGAGAUAUAGGCUUGUAAAUAAACAUGUGCAAAAGUGACCAGGUAGUUUUGUCAAUCUCUAGUUGGCCUUUCCAAGUAUAGACCACAAUCUUAACAAAACAAUUGCGUACAGCACUCCGCCCCCCCCAUCUGUGCCCUAUGGUAGUGGGCUCCCAUGAUUUUGGUGAUAAGACUAUUACGGGAGUUGGAGAGGAAGAUAACAGGAAAUUGCACAACUGAAUCAGACAGGUGUAGAUAGAAGACAAGAUUUCUUCUAAGUAAGUGAUCCAGUCUAUUUGGAGCUAUUAGAGAAUUUAGCAGGAAUAGUCUGACAAUACAGUUACUACCUAUAACUAUCAGACCAAUACUGGAAUGAAAUUCAUUGACAACAAAAAUGGUCACAAUUGCACACUUUGGGAGGCAUUUGGGAUCUAAUUGCCCAACUGCUUUUGGUUUGCUUUUUUCUGUUAAAUAGGCUAGUCUAGUAAUGAUAAUGAAGAGAUUCAUACUAUAAUGAAUUUCGGAGAAACUAGGUUGCUAUUUUAUAACACUACAGUUUAAAAAUGUUAUUGGGAGCAGGUAACAAAGUUUCCUAUGGGUGAGAAAAAAUUUUCAAGGGGAAUUUGAGGACAUCUUUUUCUUCUAUAUGUUAUAUAUGGAUUUUCAAAAUUUGUCAUGGCAAAUAAUCAAAACAAGAUAUACCAAUUUGACUUGGAAUGAAUAAGUUGAAAUUUAUUUUCUAUAAGUUGAUAUCAAAGGAUGCAGCAGUUGAUUGAGUCAAAAUUGGACUCAUUUGCAGUGAUUGCAAGUUAUGUAUUAGCAUUUUGACAUUUUCAUUGAAUAACUGAUACACUGUUUUAGUUUUAUUUCUGGAAAUAUCUUAAGAAGCCCUUUGUUAUUCUUUACUAAAAAUCCGUUCAUUCUUAGUUUUAAUUUUCCUGAUAGUUCUGAACUACCUAUAUCUCUUCUUUGAUAACCUGAGUUUUUUCCAUAUUCUAUUCUACAGGUUUGAUUUUUGUUUUUGUUUUCUGAUCUCCAGUAAACUUUGAAUAGCAUAAAUUAGCCAAAGCUUCAGUUUAAAAAAAGGUGAAAUCUGGAGGGCAAACUAAUGUUCAUAUCUAACUCAUAUGUUUUAAAGAAACUUUUUUGAAAAAAUAUAAAAUGGUAAUCCUAUCUGAAAUUUUAGACAAGCAAGGGUUAACCAUUCCAUAAACCACAUCUCCCACACUGCAAUGCUCAAAAACAGAAGUGUGGCUUCCAACAUCAUCUACAGCCAUCAGUAUCCAGGAAGCCUGCCAGGAUCCUUUGUUGAGAUGUAAUCAGGCAGAAACACCUCUAAAUACCUUCAUGACCACAACCCAUAAUGUAUGGGACAGUUCCCAAUAUUUCACACAGGUCGAAAAGGAAUGCAUGGAAAGGAAGAAAGCCUGAUUUUUAACAGUUCUGUUGCUAUUGCUGCACUGCUGAAUAUGUCUCACACCUCUGCUAGAAUUUGUUUUAAGCAGUUUGUUUUGAAACAAAAAGGUCAAAUGGUUUUGCAUUGUAAGUAGUUUUACAUACUGUGGUUUGAGGUUAAACUAUUGCGUAUAAUACAUAUUUCUAUUUAUAUCAUGGGAUAUUAUUAUAUACAUUGUUUGCAGAAACAAUUCUAUGUCAGUCAGCCAUUGUAACUGCCUAGAAAAACUGAUAACCAGUUUAGUAAGAGCUUACCUUUUAAACAGUUUCUGAACAUGCUAUUGUUAAACUUUAAUAAAACAAUUUUUGCUGCA